CUGUGCUUCAUUGUGGCUCGUGCACCCAUGGUCCCCACGUGGUCGUGGGACGAGAUGCUCGACGCGCUCGCGCGUUUCCGAAAGCUCCAUGGCAACUGUGCCGUGCCACACGAGUUCAAGGUGCCGGCGACCGACGCAUGGCCAUCCGCGCUGCACGGGAAGCGUCUCGGCUCGUUCGUCUUUGCGUUGCACCGGCGCGUGGAGAUCGCCCCGCACAAGCUGUGGAACUCGCUGCACAGCCUCGGCUUCAAGGUCAACUGGUUCUCGGCCACCGACCUCCAUGCUCUCGUGAACCACGAGCACCAGCGCCUGCCGGUGAAUGCCGUCAUCGAAGCCCUCGCGACGUACAAGAAGACCUACCGCUAUGGUGCCGUCCAUGUCGAGUUUCAAGUGCCAAAGAACAAGUCGUGGCCAGAGGAAGCGCAUGGCCUCGCGCUCGCCGAUGCGCUUGCGCAACUCCACGAGUACGAGCUGCCAGUGGACAUUGAAGCUUCGCUCCGGGUCCACGGCUGUUUUGUGACGUCGCCGCCAUGGGAGCAGCUUGUCGGCCUCCUGGAAGCGUACCAACGUCUCCACGGCGACUUUUCCACCGUGCUUGUCGACUACAUCGUCCCCGCAACGACCGACUGGCCGCAAAUGUGGCACGGCCUCGAGCUCGGCUGCGUGACGUGGCGCCUCGGUCUGCGCCUUCUGCUCCUCCCGGCCGACUACCAGGCGACGUUCGCUGAGCUGGGCUACGUCUUUCCAGCCCACGACAUGUGGGUUCAUGUGUUUGAGGCGUGGGCGACGUACCAAGACCUCGUGCGCUCGGGCAAGCUCGACCAGCCGCUGCUGCCCCAGUUGGGGUACGUGGUGCCCAUUGAUGACGACUUGUGGCCGCCGACAAUGGCCGGUAUGCGCCUUGGCUACUGGGUGCGUGAGCUCGCUUCCGCGCAGGCGCUGUACCUCUUGGCCCCGGCGACCGUCGACCAGUUGCAGCGCAUGACCGCCCCGUCGCCAGAAGCGAUGGCAAUGACCGUCGACGAGGCGCGUGGCGGCUCGGACGAUCACGGUAUGUCGGUCUUGGACGCCUUUUCUGAGGCAGAGUGCAGCUGGGGCGACUCCGAGUCGGGGCUGUCCGAUUCCGAGCUGUCCGAGUCGGAGCUGCCCGCGUCAGAGCUGCUCGAUUCAGAGAUGGAGACGUCCGACGCAGAGACGCUCGUGCUUGGCGACGACGACGACGCAUUGUCGACAAGCGAUGGCGUCACGACCGAUGACGACGAAGAUGACGACGAUGAGGUCGCAACCAGAAGUGCUACGGAGGCGCCUGCUGUGCUAACCGCGCUUGCUGCAGCGGAAUCGGCUGUGCACGACGAGAAUGCCAUGGCUGCGCCCAGUAGUGACGAGCUCGAAUGCAAGCCAGACCCAAUCCAGCUCCGGCCACGGGCAACGCGCUCGUUGCAAACACGGUCUGCCGUCCACAGUGUGGCUGCUCGCGUGAAGGAAGAGCGACCAUCGAGUCCUCGCCGCCUACGACCUCGAUUGCUCGUGAAUCGCUAUCGCCCUUGAGUUUGCUCGCGUGUUUCCGCGCGUCGACGACGUAGUUUUCCGUGUUGCAGGUUAAAACCCAGCAUUUGCUCGUCUCAA